AUGGUACUGUUGCCUUGGUGCGGCAGCUCCACGCUGAUGCUCAUCACCGCCUUCGUGCUGGCGUCGGUGCGGCUUCCGCUAAGCGAGUACCAGCGAGCCAUGCUGCCAGCCGCGCUCGCUGCGGUCGUCUGCGUGCCCGGCGGCAUCAUCAUCGAAAGAUACGGCCGGCUACCGGUGCUGCGUCUGGGCGGCGUGCUCUCUGCCAUUGGCUGCGCUGCGGUCGCCGCGUACUUCUUCCUGGCCCCGGAGUCCCAGCAGCGUCUCGGCUGGAUUGUGCUGGCGGGCGCUGGGCUGACGCAGGUGGCCGUUGUCGGCAUGCUCGCCAACGUCGCAUUCAACUACGUCACCGAGUUGCUGCCCAACAAAACGCGCGCCUUGGGCGCGAACAUCGUCCUCGUUGUGCUGAAUUUGAAUGUAUUUGUGCUGCUAAAAUUGUACCCACUAAUCAGAGAUGGGAUUGGUCUGGGUGGAGGCUUCGUCAUCCACUCGCUGGAUGAUGUGGCUAGUCACGUUUCCUUCGACUAG